AGACGCGUAAGAGAGCAGUCUGAGUCAGCCUCUCCGCACAGUGGAAAAAUCAUUCUCCGAAACGCGCGCGAUUCUCGGGGGGAAAUAUCGAUCGGGAAAAUCGGCGGGCUGAUCGAGACGCCAGGCGGCGCGGUUUGACAGGUGAAAAGCGGUCUCUUUUGAGUCGCUGCGUUAUCGCGUCGAUAUCAAUUGUGACGUCGCAUGGUCGUGCGAAAAAAAGGUUGCGUUCGACGAGUCGAAUCGAGCGAUCGCCCGAUGAGUCGCGUCGAUGAACGAUCGACCAGAUAAGUGACAGCGGAAAUAGGGUGCUUCGUGUAACUGUGAGUAACUCCGUGCGCGAGUGCGCGCGUACGUGCCCAGUGCGUGAGUGAGCGCCCACGGGUGACGUUUUGCAACGAACGGGCGUGUGCAUCAUUGUGAGAUCUUACGGAGUAAAAAAUCUUUCGUUGAAUCUAACGUACUUCACACUUGUCCCGAACGGUCCGUACCGAAUGUUUGUUUUAACUUGACACAAGGCGGUGUCCAAAUGCCGACGACUCUGGAUCGUCUCUCUCGAUGGACGUGACUAUUCAGUCAGAUCGCGUAUGUUCUCCAUAUUGAAUUUUACGCGAAAAGUUUUAUCGCGGUGAAAACCGCGAAUGGUCGAAAACCGCGUAAGAAAGACACGUGUUGACGUAAAACGGCGCAAACUCGCGUCAUGAUGCAUUAGAAGAGCGACUAGUCGCGUUCUUCGCGAGUUCAAGGUUUGCAUGGUGCAUCGACUUUGAAAUUGUGAUAACGAACGAGGUAUCUGCACGUAUCACGGACUAUAUCGGCGGUAUCGCGCAUUAUUCCGCCCGGACAAUUAGCGAUACGUGCGUCGUACAGAGGAGGCUAUUAUGAUAUAGCGAACGUCGGGAGUACGUGCGAGUGCGAAUCUGACGUACCUCGGCUCGAAUGAUGAUAGUGCUGCUGUUGUGCAUCAUCAUGAAGAUAGCAGAGUUCUCCGCGGGCCGGACGAGUCCGCCGCUGGCGACGAUGUCGGUGUCGGCACGACCACCGCCUCUCGCUUGCAACAGGCGGUGUAGGCGGUGCAAGCGGCACAGAAGUCCCUCAUCCAAACGCAAACACCGUCGGCAAUCCUGCGGUGAUAAAUGCACUUUGCGAAAAUUUGCAGGAGAAGGUGCAGCAGUAAUGGAAGAUCCGCAAACGCCAGGGUCUGACUGUAACUCUAAUCCAGCGACAGAUUCCAUUCAGCAGGAUCUGAUUGGCUCAGAAUUUGUUCAAGAUAAUGUCGAAUAUCAGUGGUUCAUUGAUUAUGGAUACAGGGAUGGAGGGCUACAUAUUCAUCCCAGUGUCCUGUCGUCGCUUUCUGCCUCUUAUUCUCCAAAGGAUCUGGGUUAUUACGAUGAUCUUGCCCGUAAUUUGGAUGCUAACCUGGCAGAAAUUGAUAUGGAGAGCUUUCGUACCGCUGAUAUUCAUACCUUGCUUACAGCUUUACCUGUCAUGUGUACAGAACCGGUCCAACAUUCUGAGUUUAACUAUCAAAGGGAACAGUACGCCAGUAUAUCUGGAUCUGUCAUGGAAAAGCUUGACAUCGGUUCCUCCAUCAGCCCUCAUACCAGUAGCCAGGGGGAAGAUUCUGCAUGUUCCACCGCUGAUACGAUAUCCAUAUGCAAGUCGUCAUUGCUGUUUUCCCCGUUAAAAGAGACGCCAGUAUUACCACCUGGUGGUAGCUAUAGUGUGGACUCACUGGACUGUGAAGAUAUGUUGCUUACCUGUCAAACGAACAAUAAGAACAACUAUACCAUCGCAUUUGAAGGCAGCAUCACCAUGUAUUCGGAUGGCUCUCAAGAUUUCGAAAAUCAAGAUAAACACAAAACAUACGAAUCACCGGAUUUAUCCUAUGGUAAGCAGAAAAAUGGGAAAACUAUGCUGGAUUUAUCGAUGGCAUGCUCCGACUCGAAAAUAUACACAACAUGGAGCAAUUUGAAACACUCCUCCAUGAACAAGGUAAUAACACGUCAUCCUUCCGGUAACAACAACACGAUGCCGGAUAUCUUGCAAAGUGCUGCUAACUUGACGCUUGGUGGGAUGAGUAAACGAAGCCAAAGCUUACCGGACCUUUCUCGCGUUCGAGAAUUCCAGCAUACUAAUAUACCUCUUAAUUUUAGCGUUGAUUCCGCCGAAUCGAGCAACCCGAUACAACGGCUGCAGAGCUCCGGAUCUGCGAUGAGUCGUUCAACGAACGCAGAGAGCUCGGACAACGGGGAACACGCUUGCACCAAAAAGCUACAAAAUCUAAGUCUCGUGAGAUUGUUCAUGAAGCAGAAAAGCAUGAGCGUGGAGGGGAUGAGUCUCACUUUGGACCAGUCGGAUUCCAUUAGCGACAAUGGUUGGCCCACCAGCAACAGUGGCAGCGACAGCGCGACCAACACUAACACACAAAUACAACGGCAGAACCAAGGCAACAACGGAGAUCGCCAUGUGUCGGAAGACGAUUUCUCCAUCAAUUGGAUCAGGCGCGAUAUAGCUAAUCGUGAUACGGAGAAUCCGAGGGAAAUGAAUUUUUUAAAAUGUGCGUCACCCACCAAAGUCGAUAAGAUAGAGAUGGCGUCAUCAGCGUCAGUGGAAGAGCUAUCUGAGAGCAUAUCCAAGUCGGGCUGCACAAGCGGCCAAAUGAGUUUCGACAUAAUCAAUAGCCCGUUCGAACAGCAAAAAAACGGUUGGGUCGGCUUGACAGAGAAGAAACACCCGAUCUGUCGAACGACAGGGAUACAAGCGAACGCGGAGAUGGAGGACAACUCGGCUCAGACCUCCUUGAUUUUCAUCCCGCCCACGCAAGAGCCCGGGCCUCUCUUGCAAGAGACGAUAGUCAACAAGAAACCCAUUUAUGUGGUGUAUCCCAAUUAUACAUUGCCCGACCUGUCGUUCCUCAACAUCAAGGACACCAAGGUCGACAAUGUGGCGUUGAAACCGCACACAUUCGACAAGAGUAAGACGGAAUGGAAGCGCACUGCCCGCACGGGUAGACCGUUCUCGUGCAACGACAUAGACGCUCUGCGACAACGUGGAUUCGCGCACAUAAAAGACUGGGAAUCGUUAACGUUCCUGUUACCGAACGAGUACAAGAAGAUCUUGCACGACGUGCCGGAAGUCUCAAGGCAUAUCAAUAUGAAUGAAGAAGUCAGGAGACCUCUGUUCUGUUUAUCUCCCCCGAUGCGUCACAAAGUUCGACCUAUCAGCGAGAUCGUGCCGAAUAACACCUCGUCGACGAGCAGCACCGCGACGCAGCCAUCUUCCGGGUACAGAGGCUCGUCGACGAUCUUGACGGACUCCUCGACGAAUCAGCAGCAGCAGCAGCAACAACCGUUGCCGAACAAUGCGGUCAAUCCGUUGUACCUGUAUCGUUACGAUAGUAUUAGUUCAGAGGCCAGCCUGGUGAAUAACGACAAGAAGAUGCACAGGCUCAAUCACGCGAGGCAAGCUUGCCCGUCUCUGCCAAAGCGAUCCGUAUCGUUGCCGCAGGGCGACGGCGAGCCAGAUUUCAACAACGGCCGUGUUCCGCCGCGACCGCCAUUGCCGAGAAGCAUUUUGCGAAAGAACAAGGUUCUCGCGAGCAAACGAUACAGUAUGUUCGAGAUGGGAGACGUGGGCGAGACAGAGGAGCAACCUGUGGAGGUAAAUAAGAGGAUGUCCCUGCAAGAGCCAUAUUACAUGAACAACGACUUGCAGCUGUUGUGUCGCGGAAGAACGAUCGAUUCGGAAAAAGAUGUCGACGAAACGGAGGAAGAGAGGUAUCAUAUAGAGAGAUUAAAUGAAGUAGCUAAUACGAACGUGGAGUCGAGAACUUCUCAACACAGCGACGACGAUGUCAAGCAACUGGAAGAUUACCUGAAACGCAGUGGUCUCUCGUCGCAAAGCAGCGACGGAGACACCGAGAACGCCGACGUGAAACUAAGAUCGUACGUAAGGAAGUUUCUAGCACUAAGGAUGAACAAGGAACCGCUCGUCAGGAACGUCGAUACGGGUGAUUUGCAGAGGAAGACCGUUAGUUUCGCUGUACACCAAAGGAAAAAGCAUCUAGACCCUAAGCCAAAUAAUCUGAAUGUCGCUGUAAAUGAACAAAACCAAGAUCAGGUAGUUGAGGAUAGAUUAAUGGAGCUAGAGGAGAAGAAAAAAAUGGUGUCGUCUGUAAACAAAGCAGUCGAUCUCUUGUUGAAGUAUUGGAACGCCGACACCGAUCAUACUCGUCAUAAUUACAACGAGAGGAACGAGUGUGCACAGAUCUGCCUCAGUAACUUGUGCCCGGCUUUGUACGCUAUAAUGUCGGACGGUUUGAAACCCCAUUUGAAUUCCACCUUUGGACCAAUUACUAAUAGCGUGUGGCAGGUCGUCGAAGCUAGUUCUCAACAAGGGCCUCUGACGAAAACGUUGAAUGAGUUAGUGCAGAGGAUCAACGGCGAAGACGUUAUUACAGAAGGAAUGCUGAAGUUCCACGCAUUUGUAUUCGGUUUGCUAAAUCUGAGAGCUUUGGAUGCGUGGUUCGCGUACUUGUGCACACGCGAGUCGAUCUUACGGAAACAUUACAGUAACACCAGCUUGUUCGUCGGAGCCUUGGCUAAUUCCAGUGCUCGGGAAACCGUCGAUUCUUUGUUAUAUAUUUUAAACCCGCUCGCAUUCUGUCCAUUUCACCUGGACCUUCUUUAUCAGUACCGUCAACUGCAGAAUAGCUUCGGGAGUAUAAAUAGUCACGCUAUGAAUGCCGUAAACUUCAGAAACGCCGAUAUAUCCCUGAAGGAGCUCGAGGCCGAGAAAACUGAAUCCUACGGAAUGGUUCCUAGCCCGAAGAAGAUACGGCCAAGAUCCUGCGUCGCUUACAACGCAGACGACAAAUGCGGCGUUCUGCACAAAGGCGAUCCGCAAAAUCUAAAGAAACGUUUCAGCAGUGCCCUUAGUUCAAAAGCGUUUUACGCGUUAGACAAAUUAGCCUCCGAAGAUUCCGAAGAUUACACGGACAGUCUGGAGCAUUCUCCUUUGAAUAGAGCAGCGGCCAAGCAGCCGCAACACCCGAAGCUGCAGAGUCCCGAUAUUAAAGCGAACGACGACGACGGUAUCACCGGCGAGACGAAAUUCCGGAAACUCCAGGAGAAGUGGGAAUUGAUGAUUGGCAAGGAAGGGGGUAAGAAUCAAGCCACUUUAACGACACCCCCAUCGCCGGUCCGCACAUUCGGGGCACUGGGAAAGUCGAAGAUACCUCGACUGCUCACGUCGCCGGUGAAGCAAUCCAAUACCGUGCCGAUCGUCGGUAGACCGAUCAAGUCACCUGUAUCGGGCAUCCCUUCGUUGAAGAAACCCACCGCGUUCUCUGCAACGAAGGCGUUACCGAAGAAACCCGUGGAUACGAAAGUGAAAGAUGUGACGCGUCGCACCAGCCGCGUCGAUCAGAACGCGCCGGGCACACCGCGCAUCCACACGACUCGGCCGAGUUCUUUGCCCUACAAGUCGCACGGGAUAACGUCGAACGACAAGAAUCUGAUCUCGCCUCACAGACGAGCCGCCUCCACCUCUUUACCACGUCCAAACGUUGCUACCGUUUCGAGGAAUCCAGUUUCGAAACCACCGCACAGAGAAGUUCGUACCCUCACUCACAGGAUACCGUCAGACACCGGUCAUCUUUCAUUCGCGGAAGGCGAGAAACUGAAAGUAAUACUAGAAGUGGACAACAAAUGGUUGCUGUGCGCAAAAGGUGACCGGAGAGGCUUGGUACCGCGGGCAUGCGUACAUAGCCUUUCGACUUAGCCCCUUUUACGACACUUAACGAUCGCAAAUGCAACUGCGGUCCCACUUAGCCGCGGCUAGAAUCUCACUCACAUUCGAUGCGAGGGGUGGCCACGAAGGCGAGCUUCGAGAAGUUCAAAUUAUCUAAUCGGGGUGACGUAACAGUGAUGUACAGUGUAUUAAAAUUGUUUUUAAGCCAUAACAUUAUAAAUGCAUCAUCACGCGCUUGUAAAGUUACUUUUAAUCGAAGUAUAAUCGACACCACUCCGUCUCUAUCGGAACGCGACAGUAGUAUUACCGCUAGAUAACGCCAUCGAGAACAUAGAAAUAUCACCUAGUCAUAAUAGGCUCUCGGACGACGUUAUUAUUUUAUUAUCAUUAUUAUCAUCACCAUUUUGAUUUCAGUCAGGAAACACGGUAGCGUCUCGCGCGCCAAGUAUUCUAGUAUCCACAUACGAAGGACGCUACGGUGUAUCCGUCGCAGAAACGAGGUUGCUUCUCGGAACAUAAAUCGCGUUGUCGUUUUGAAAUAUCAGAUUGAAUGAUUUGAGUAUGCGAUUACGGGCAUAACGGCAACACCUGGCAGCAUAUUCUCGACUAUAAGAUGCCGAAAACGGCGUAUAAUGACCUACAAAUAUUAUAAAUGUAACUGUGAUCCUAGCAAAUAGGCGAUUAAGUUUAUUAGUACGAAUGCGCGGUGUAUAUUUCGUUCCGAGGUUUAUAUAUUGUAACUUUGUAACUUAUUAUUUAUGUUUCAUACUUCGCACAACAUCGCGCGUCUCAAUGAUCCUCCGUUCUAAUUUUAUUCAAUGUACGAGCCAUCAUGAUAUGCACCUUCGCGAUGGCGGCGAUCACAUUUUUUACAUGCUUCAUGUAUUUCCUGGUAUGUUAAGACAUACGAUAUAAUCAAAUAAAGUCUGUUGUGAAUUAUA